UGCCGUGCGUGUGUGUGUGUGUAAAAGUGUUUAAAUAUCCAAUGGCAUCGUCUCGAACCAGGAAACAUCCCUACGAGCUGGCCCGUCAGCUGGUGGAGGAUCAUUGGCAAAAUGAACGGGAGGAUGUCCAAAAGAAAACUUUCGCAAAGUGGAUAAAUUCUCAACUAGUCAAGAGCAACUGUUCCUUAAUUAACGACCUGUUUGUGGACCUGCAAGAUGGGACCAGACUGUUGGCACUCCUGGAAAUCCUUACAGGGAAGCAAUACAAAAGAGAAAAAGGUCGGAUGCGAGUACAUCACUUGAACAACGUAAAUCGAGCACUUCAGGUCUUAGAACAUAAUAAUGUAAAACUUGUAAAUAUUAGCAGUAACGACAUUGUAGAUGGCAACCCAAAACUGAUUCUAGGCCUGGUAUGGAGCAUCAUUCUCCAUUGGCAGGUACAUUACCACCUGAAGGACCUCAUGUCAGAGCUGCAACAAACCAACCUGGAGAAGACAUUGUUGGCAUGGUGCAGACAAAAUACUCAGAACUACUCUGGCGUGGAUGUCAGGAACUUCACCACGUCAUGGUCGGACGGGUUGGCAUUCAACGCACUACUUCAUCAUUUCAGACCGGAUCUAUUUGAUUUUGGAAAUGUCACUCGCCGACAUCCAAAUGCCAGGUUGGAUCACGCAUUCCGCGUCGCUCAAGAGCAAUUUGCAAUCGAAAGACUCCUUGAUCCUGAAGAUGUGAACACGUCCGUCCCAGACAAGAAGUCCGUCAUGAUGUACGUCAUGUGUCUGUUCCAGUCACUGCCUCAUUCCACGCUGGAAGUCUCCAGUCUGGAGUUUCUCCAGUCAGACUCCAGCAGCUCACUGGCCUCUCCAGCAACCACAUUCGAGGGUGCUAUGGGGGAGCUUGAGCCCCGCAGUUCCAGGCCCCACAGUCUGGCUACCAAUGCCUCCGUAGAGCUGGGGGGCUACCAAGUAGCCAUGGAGGAGGUGCUGACUUGGCUGCUGGAGGCGGAGGACAGACUAAGCCACGACCUGGCUCUGGGAAGUACUGACUUGGAAACUAUCAAGGAACACUUCCAUUCACAUGAGGGUUUCCUGCUGGAGCUGUCGGGUCACCAGGAAGGUGUGGGGGCAGUGCUGGAGGAAGGAGCUCGUAUGUUGUCCGAGGGAGGGCUGACUAGAGACGAGGAGGAGGAGGUCAGAGUACAGAUGAGACUGCUCAACUCUCGCUGGGAGGCUCUGCGACUCAAGGCAAUGGAGAAACAAGCAAGCAUCCACUCGUUGCUGAUGUCGGCUCAGCAGAAGCAGCUAGAUCGUCUGCGAGAGUGGCUGACUGCGACGGAGGAUCGCAUAUCUCGCAUGUCACAAGUGGGGCCCGACCUGACUGACCUACAAGCGCAACAGAAGGCACUUGCCGCACUGCGAGACGACCUACAGGCACAACAGAAGACAGUGGACUCCCUCUGCAACCUGGUCAUUGUUGUUGAUGACACUACUGCUGACAGUUCCUACUCAGCGAUGGAAGACCAGCUGGCAGCGCUGGGGGAGAGGUGGGAACACAUCUGCCAGUGGUCAGAGGAACGCUGGGGUCUGCUGCAACAGCUGAUCACCUCGGCCAGUCAGCUGAUGGACCAGGUCAGCUGGCUACAACAGUGGCUGCUCACCAAGGAGACAACACUCAAACAGAUGGAGGCGGAGCCGGCGACAGAGAUGGGUGCAAUACUCGACCGGAUCAAACAGCUUCAGAUAAUGCGUCAACAAAUGGACGCCCAGCAGAAGCGGCUUACGGGGAUACAAGAUGCAGCUACAGAGCUGAGUCUGCGGAUGCGUCCUCCAGAGGGCGGCCGUGACCUUGAGCAGAUAGAGGCUCUGCAGGACCGCUGGGACGCUCUGGUGCUCAUACUGGAGAUGCAGAGUCAGAGAAUCUCGAGCUCUGGGUUUGAAGUGACUCCUGUGGUUGGUGACAGUUCUACAACCAUCAGCACCAGUCUGGCCUGGGAGGAAACAUCACCUUCUGAAGAUGGCCAAGGUAGUUGGAAGAGGAGGAAGGUGGAGGCUGGUCAGACAGAGCUGGACAGAGGUAUGGAGAUGCUGCGUGACUGGCUGCAGAACACACUGCAGCAGCUGCAGAGUCACAGUGACAGUGAGGUGCUACGGAGAGCCAGGGAGGAGUGGCUGCAGAGGAGAACCACUCUGGACAACAUCACCAGGCUCGCACACACACGCAUACAGGAGAUCAUUACUGAGGGAGGCUCUCCAGAAGAAGAAGAAAAACGGUUGUCAGAGUUGACGAAGAGCUAUGAACACAUGGAUGUAACAUUGCAACACAAAACAGAGGAGGUGGAUCAGAGAGGCCUGAUAGAGAAAGAGAUAGCCAGUGCAGUUGUGCUGAUAGAAGAGUAUAACCAGUGGCUGUCUGCGACUGAUGGUCACAAUAUCGAUGUCUGUUCAGCGAAAAUUCAAUCUCUCAAGUCCCAGGAAGACAGGCUCACAUCCCUGCAGGAAAAGACAACAAAUUUCUGUUCCCGUUAUCCUGACUCGGAGGAAUCAAAGACUAUCCAGGAGAAGGUUGAAAGUCUAAGUUCAGACAUCGGUGCUGUCUACAACAGGCUGGUAGCUCUAGAGCAAGAGCUGAGUGAGCCAAGUCCACAGGCCAAGUACACGGAAGCCAAGACUAACCUGACCAGGUGGAUGGACGAUGUGGAGGGGAUACUGUUGUCAGAACAUGUUGUGCUCACCUACCCACAGUCCAUGGAAGAACAACUUGUCAAGUUUCAGGAGUUGGAAAAGAACAUCUCAGCCCAGCAGGAGGGCUAUGACCAGGUGAAGGCUGCAGGUGAGGAGUUGAUGAUGCGAGCUCCAAGUGAGCGACUCAGAGAGGAGUUGCAGGACCUUCACACUCGCUGGGCUUAUAUACCUCGUAUAAUAGUUAUGUUUGGUUGUUGUAGGAGUUGGAAAAGAACAUCUCAGCCCAGCAGGAGGGCUAUGACCAGGAGUUGGAAAAGAACAUCUCAGCCCAGCAGGAGGGAGUUGGAAAAGAACAUCUCAGCCCAGCAGGAGGGCUAUGACCAGGUGAAGGCUGCAGGUGAGGAGUUAAUGAUGCGAGCUCCGAGUGAGCGACUCAGAGAGGAGUUGCAGGACCUUCACACUCGAUGGGCUGAUAUACCUCGGAUACUGGUGGAGCGCAGGACCAAACUGCAAACUGACAUUGGAAAAAUCCAACAGCUGAAGGAUGAAGUGCAGAAUGUAGAAGCUUGGCUCCAGCAGGCGGAGGAUUUCUUAGCACAUGAGAAAGUAGCUAAUUUGCCUCUCUCGGCCUUGCAGUCUCACCUUCAGAGAUCUCAGGAUCUCAUAGAAGAAGCUGCAAAACUCGACCCGAGCAUUCAAAACAUCAGAAAGGGCGGUGAAGAGUUACUAGGAUCUAAUGCAGAGACGACAUUCGCAAAAGAAAUAAACGAAAGUAUCAAAACUUUAGUCAGUAAAUGGGAUUCUGUGAUAAAGAAACAAGCAGUGGAUCGUCGUGAUGGUGUGAAGAAUGUUAUAACAAAGUAUAACCAGGUGUCAAAUGGGUUGAAUGAAUUAUCAGCCUGGUUGACCACUGCUGAGCAGAAAGGAAACACUGAUUUGUCUAGCAUCCAGGUACCUUCAGAUCUUUCCAAAAUGAAAGGAAGAUUCCAGUCAUUGAAAGAAAGUGUUGAGAAGAAAACCAAGGAUUUCAACGCUGUCAUGAAACAAGAGUUAGUCGAUGGUGUCCAGGGCAAAGUACAACUCCGCCCCCUUGACUUCAUGUACUACAACACACUCAGUGGAGGAAAACCUUGUGUCCCGUGUGAUAGGAAUUUCCGCAUAGUGCUCGCCGCUCAGGCCCUUCCGUGCUCGUCACAAGGAUAUUUCCGACACAACAUUCUAGAGCUGAAAGGGCACACAAAUGAACUGAUCAGCAACCAUCAAGGAGAAGGUGUUGAAGAGUUAAAGAACAAGGUUAAAGAAAUCGACUCCAAAUGGAUGGAAAUCAAUGAAGUGGUAUCAAAGAAGUACAAGUUCUUGCAGGAUGCCAACCAUCAGUAUGGGGAAUUCAGAGCACUUGUUGCCCAAGAGAUGGAUUGGUUGGACAAACUUGAGAAACGGCUGAAGAAAUCUCCUAAGUCUGCAGCGGAUGCUGAAGAAAUCUCAGAAGAGCUUGAUGACUUGGAGAACUACAUCCGCAACCACCCGGACGCCAGGUUGUCUCGUCUGCAAGAGCUCGGACGUUCUCUGAUCAGCGAGAAGAUGAUGUCACAGAGUGUGAAGGCGGACGUGGAAGCCAUCACUACCCGAUGGAGUCAGCUGAGCCAGCAGGCUAGGGAUCGAACCGUGUUACUUGAGGGCUGUGUGGUCGAAGCACAACAGCUGGAAGGCCAAAUCGUGCUGUUCCAAGAGUGGCUGAACGAUGUCGAAGCACAACUAACAGAACGCAUCGACAACGAUCUCACCGCUCACGAUUUGCCAGACGACGUUCAGAGACUUGUUGAGGAGUUUGAGACGCAAGCUCGUACUCUGCAGCAGAUGGAGGAGCAAGUCCGCAGUUACAGAGCUGCGGGGAAGCAUGAGGCUGCGGCCAGACUGCAGGAACAGAUGGUUCUACUACAGGAACGGUUCAAUGAUAUUGCUGAGAAGUUUGAACGUUUUCGAUCACCGAGCAACCUAGAGCCUCGUUUGAACCGAGCCAUGAGAGAGUUGCGGGGGAUCGAGGAAGCCACUUGCCUACUGGAGCUGGCUUCUGAGGAUCCAGAGAGCAUUCAGGGCCAACUGAACCAUUGCAAGCGCUUCUACCAGACGUUGAGUGAGAUCAAGUCUGAAGUAGAGAGUGUGAUCAAGUGCGGCAGGAAGCUAGUGGAGGAGAAGUCUGUUCCUCAACACUAUACUGGACGUCUCGACACUCUCAAGGAACUGUACAACAAGCUGGGUCUACAAGUGACUGAAGCCAUGUCCAGUCUGACCACAGCCCUGGAGCUGUCACGUUCACUACAGUCAGACAUCCCUGCCCUGACCAGCUGGGCGGAGGGAGUGGACCUGGAGCUGGACCAGGUGGAAGCUACUCCGGCCAACCACCGGGACAUCCAGGCAGAGAUCAGCUUUGUUAAGGACACUCUGACAGAGUGUGAGAGGUGGAGAGAACGCAAGGACCAGAUCAAGAGCAACUACAGAGCGUUCUCCACCCUGUGUGACCCGGUGUAUCUGGAGGUGUUAAAGGACAGGGUCAGUGACUGUGUACGCAAAUGGGAGCGGACCCGGGACAAACUGCUGCAGGCUCAGACCCAACUACAGGGCUUCACAAAGGCCUCUAAAUCUAUAUUGAAGCCCAGUAAACCUACAAAAACUGUGAGAAUAAAAGAGCCGAGUGAGAUUUCUGAAACGUCACUAAGUCUCGCAAGUGAAUCUGGAUCUAAUGUCUCUGAUAGUCAAAUACAGAAAACCGAAGUUCCACAAGUGAAAAAAACUGUUACACCAGAUGAAAUCAAGGAAAGCUUACCUAAAGGGAAAAUCGUAGACGGAGAGACACAGGUGAAGUCAAUCUUGAAAAAUGAUACAUCGACCAAGAUUUUUGUGUCAAAAUUAGAAAUGGAAAUUCCCAAUAAUAGCAAGCUUACAGAACCUGGUAGUUUUGUUGUAAGUAGUGAAAACAAACGGAGGAGUGUGUACGAGAAUGUAGACAAUGUAGAAACAUCCCAUGUUAUUAUAGAAGAACCUGAAGACGAGGAGGAGUACGAAAACGAUACUUUCCAUCUCGCUAAAGACAGCGCUCUCUUCUCCCAGGUCUCUCGUACUACUAUUUUAGCUCCUCAGAGUCCAACCAAUGUGGUGGAAGACAACCCUUGCAAAGUGGUAGAGGUGAAAGCUAAGGAAAUACCUAAAUCGACGGUUUCAUCAACUGAACAUGUGACGACAAUGCCUGAGAAGUCUGACCACUUGGAGCCGCAGACUGUAGAGAUUGUGGAGAUCAUCGAAGACACUGAGACAGAGGCUGACUCUUCGGCUCCUGACACUGACCCUGAGGACCGGUGGCCGUCCCCUGUCACAGCGAGGAAAACCGACGGAAGUCACAAACAGAGAAAAACAUGUCUUGCCCCUGGGGAGAUUUUGGCGAAAAGACAAAAGAUGGCUUCCGAUGAAGCUUUACGGACGCUCAGAGAAUCUGGUGGUGAGACAGUUAAAACUCCAGGAGCAAAGGAAUUGGAAGAUAAUGUUUUUGAUGAUUCUGUUGGAGAUGAAGGAAGAAACGUUAAGACAACAGCUUUGCUGGACGCUGCUGGUGAUUCUCUUAGAGAAUCAAUAGACAAAGAAAACUCUACUAGUCCUAUGUUCACUUACAACGUAGAAUCCGCACAGGCUCCUCCGCCAACUCCUUAUGAACAGUCAGAAAACCUAGCCUCGCCAUUGUGCUUACAAAUGACUGAUAAAGUCAACCGGGUUGAGCAAGCAACUGUUAAAACUUGGGAGAUACCAAAAGACAGAGCGAUCGAAAGUUCUAAAGAAGUUACAUUCAGAAAGGAAGUGGAAGUGUCAAAAACAUAUCAAAUCAUCGGUAACUUCAUGACUGCAGAGAAGGGUUUGACUGUGCCUGUUGUUGACGACAAUGACAGCUUCUACGGAAGUGAUAAAGAAACAGACGACGCUAUCGUCUUCUCUGAAGACGAAGGUCAUGUAGAUUUUGAAGACGACACUUCUAGCUCAGACAAUGAGUUUCAGGAAGUUUCCAAUGAUGUGGAACUUUCUCCUGUAAAGGAGAACAAGCAAGGCAACAUAUACCACACAAACAUAUCGUUGACAACAGCCGGCCGGGAAGAUGAGGUAGAAGAUAACGAAAUGAGACAAGACAAGUCCGAGGACAUCCCUCGGAUUCCCCUCGACAAAGAGAUAGAAGAGUUUGAGGAGGCAGCUCAGGAGAUGUUGGAGAGGAUGGACACGAUGUUGGUGACAGUCAGGGGCAUCAACAGCGAGGCCGAUCCUGGGAAACGUCUCGAGGUGUUGGAGCGUGAGCUGAGCUGUCUUGCGCCGGACGCCGCCACACUGAUCAGUCGAGGUGAUGGUCUGGUGUUGUCUGUACACACCACACAGCCAGAGCGAGCCAUUUCCCUGCGUACCGGAGCACAGGACAGACUGCGGGCAAAGUGGGCCCAGGUCAUGUCGGAGACUGAGGUGAGGAAAGUGCAGGCACAGCAAGCAGAGAAGCUGUUGGUGGAUUACGUUGAUCUCUCCAAGAACACGGUCAAGUGGUUGAGUGACGUCUCCAAUAGACUGGAGCGGGCGAACAAUGACGAGAGAGGAAUCAAGGAGUUAGCGGAGGAGAUUAGUUCUCGCAAGUCGGAGAUUGAGAAGUUGAAGAAGAUGUCAGCAGAGCUGGAGAUUCAGCAGGUGGACCAUGGUGGACUGGAGUCAGUGGCCGGAGAGUGGCAGACGAUCCGCACUUACAUGGCUCACUUGCGGAAAGAUACUGCGGCUACACAGCAGCAGAAGGUUGAAGUUAGUGGAAGUGACAUCGUAACCAGAACUAACAAGUUGAGAGAGCAGGUGACAAAUGCCUUGCGAAAGUUGACUUCUCCUCCUCUGACGGGACCAGACUUCAACAUCUUCAUGACUCAAGAACCAGCGUUGAAGAGUGUCAAAGAUGAGCAAGCAAAACUGAAACCACUUGUUGAAAGUUUACUGACAGAGAAGGCAACUAGUGAGGGAAAAACAGAACAAGCAGCGAAAGUUUUGGAUAAACUUCAACAAGAGUGGAGCCGUUUCAACCACGGCGUCAAGAAACGUCAGAACCGAUGGAUAAAAUGUAGAGAAGAAAUGGACCUUUUCAACACAGAAUGCAGCCAGCUCUCUGAUUGGCUGAACGAGAUGGAACCUUUGGCAGCUGACAAAAGCAAACAUGAGGAUAUUGAGGAACAUGCUUUGAUGAAAAUCAGACUCGUGAGGAGUGUUGGAAUGGCUGGUGAAGAUAUUGCUGAGAGAUGUGACAAGACGUCUGCUGCUGAAGUCAAGGCCAAAGUGGACAAUCUCAAACAGCAAUGGCUGAAACUGCUUCAUAAGAUCGGAGCACAUAAAAACAAGAUGUUUGGGCUGGAGGGACCGCCUGAGAUGCAGGUGGAGGCGGUCAACACCAAAAUAGCCGAGGUGAGAGCCCUCGUCGCUGACCCUGUGAACCCCUCCGACGACACGGCCCUGUCAGUGCGGCUGGGCAAGAUAUCUACAAAAGAAGAAGAAUUUGUCGGUAAAUUACAAGAUUUAACAAAUACCAAAAGUGAAGAUGAAAUAGCAACAAAAGUAGUGUCUGAAGCUAAAAAGGUGUUGACGUCCCUGACUGAGCACAGAGACCAAAUCACUGCCAAACUCGCUUCACUGAAGAAGUUAAAGACUCAACUGGAACAUGUGACGUCUUGGGUAAAUGAGACUCUGACUCGUAUCAACAUCAGCAAGGAACUGCCGGCCACGGAGAAGAUCAGGAUAGUGGACAACAUUAUGACCAUGGUCUAUGACCGGGAAAUUGAAGUAAAGGAUCUAAAAGAGAACUUUACCAAUCUUGAAAAGGAGUGCCAAGCAGUCAAGCAACCGAUGUCCUCGGAUUUGCAUAACAAAGUCACUAGGUUGCUGCAGGACUGGAAUGUGCUUAAAAACCGAGGAGAAGCCGAGGAACAGCCAGAGUCAGCAAAGCCUUCUACGACCGCUGCAGCAGCUGCUGAGGCCAUCAAAACUCUCACCACGCCUGCAAAGGCCUCUCCUGCUGCUACUAAAGGUAGGAAGUCUUUCAUAACCUGCAUUUACUCAUGGUCAGUUAAGCCAUAUGUUGGGAGUUGUGAUCAAGAAGGCUGUAAACGUAGUUUGCCACCUCCUGCUGGGGACUGUGUUGUAAUUGUGCUCCCCACUUCACUGCCGACUCGUAACUCGUAA